ACCGCCGGCCGUCGCUUCAAGUUCCGACCAUUAGCUAGACCUCCUCGCGUCUACCAUUUUGCACCACUGUCGCCCUUCCUUUGAGCAGCCUUUCACCUCACCAAUGCCCUCUCCAUCACCUAGCUUAAGCCAAACCCGACAGCACCCUCCCACACCUCAGCCGGCCACACCACCGCCCAUCUGCUCUUCUUCUCUGCUCUACCAGACCCCUUAUACCCCAACACCCUAACCGACCUGUAUCAUCCACAUCUCUCCACACAGUACUAAAAAUUUGAACUCCCAUCACCCAAGGACCAAUUUCUAUCGUGUCCUUGUACUCUCGUUUUUUAUUACUCGAAUUUCAAAAGCAUUUUUGGUUAAAUUCAAGAUAUGGGUAAGCUUAUUUCUUUAUUUCUUCUUCAUUCAUCGGUUAAUCUUUCUAUUUCCCACCCUUGUUUUUCACGUUAUUUAAAGACUGUUACUACCCUCAUUGAAACAUCAAGUAAGAAUUCUAUGUUUGUGAAGCAAAAGCUACAAAAGUAUGAUUGCUUCGAUAAUGUUGACAAUGCUUUGACUUUGUUUCAUAAGAUGAUUGGUGAGUAUCCAAAGCCUUCCAUUGUUGAAUUCAACAUGUUAUUAGGAGCCAUUGUUAGAAUGAAACAUUAUGCCACUGUGGUUUCUAUGUAUCGCCUGGUGGAAUUAUUAGGAGUUCCCCUUGAUGUUUAUUCUUUCAACAUCUUGAUUAAUUGCUUUUGUCAAUUAGAUCAAAUUGAUUUGGGAUUUUCUGUUUUGGGGAAAAUGCUAAAGUUUGGUAUUGAACCUGAUGUUGUGACUUUUAACACUUUGAUUAAAGGACUUUGUAAGCAAAUAAAGAUUUCUCAAGCUGUGAGUUUGUUUAAUAAAAUGAUUGAAAAGGGGCAUCAACCUAGCUUAAUUGCUUGCAAUAUGAUACUUAAUGUGUUGUGUAAGAUUGGAAACACCGAAAGAGCCCUUAGGUUUUUAAGGAUGAUGGGAGAAAGAGGUUUUGAACCCAAUAUUGUAGCAUAUAACACUGUCAUUGACCUUCUUUGUAAGAAUGAUUUGAUAGAGGAGGCUCUCAAUCUCUUCUCAGAAGUGGAGUUUAAGGAUAUUAGACCAACUACUGUUACUUACAGUUGCUUAAUUCAUGCUAUGUGUAAGAAGGGGAUGGUUUCCAAAGCUGAAUAUGUCGUUGACACAAUGAGAAAGCAAGGCAUUGAGCCCGAUGUUGUCUUGUAUAGCAUAUUGAUCGAUGCACUUUGCAAGAAGGGGAUGGUUUCCAAAGCUGAAGAUAUCAUUGACACAAUGAGAAAGCAAGGCGUUGAGCCUAAUGUUGUCACAUAUACCAUGCUGGUGGAUGCCCAUUGCAAGGAGGGAGCGGUUUACAAAGCUAAAGGUAUUGUUGACACAAUGAUAAAUCAAGGGAUUGAGCCUAAUGUUGUCACAUACAGCACUCUUAUGCGAGGCAUGUGUCAAUUAGGGAGAGUUUCUAUUGCAUGCAAAAUUUGGAGAAAGGUGCUUGCUUUUGGACUAGUUCCAGACCUAGUGACUUAUUCGAUUCUGCUGGAUGGUUGCUGCAAAAAUGAUAGACUUGAAGAGGCAUUGGAAAUUUUUCGUAAAAUGCAGAACAGUGGGUUGGAACUCAAUAUUGUCUGUUAUAAUAUCCUAAUUGACGGCUUGUGCGAAGCUGGCCAUAUCGAAACAGCAAAGGAAUUAUUUCGUGAACUCUCGGUCAAUGGUUUGAAACCUGAUGUUUGCACAUAUGUUAUAAUUAUCAAUGGUUUAUGUAAAGAGAGAUUGCCAGAUGUAGCAUACCAGUUGUUAAGCAUGGGAGAUAAUGAUGGUUUGCCUAGUAGCUGCUGUUAUAAUGUGAUGAUCCGAGUGUUUCUUCAAAACAACUACACCUCAAAUGCAGUACAUCUUCUGACGGAAAUGGUCGAUAAGGGUUUUUCUGCAGAUUUAUGGACUGCCACAUUUUUUGUGGAUCUCAUCUUAAGAUCUGACAGACCGAUUUUAAUAUGAAUUGUUUCAAGUGGUAGUAUAAAGAUAGACAGUUGUGAAUGUGAAGCAGUGUGUUCAUACGGCUGGGAUAAGUUAGAAGUUGUUGUAAACUAGCAUGAGUUAUAAGGUGUAUUUUGAGUUUUAGUUUGAUCUACUUUUAAGCAAUAAGGAGGGAAGAAGAAAAUAUUGUAACUUGUAAGGCAUGUUUCAGUUUAAAUCAUAUUGUGCCUGGAGCGGAUGUUCUCACGGUUUGUUCCCACGCUUACUGCUUGGAUUGCAUUCACAGGUGGAGUGAUUUGAAGAGGAAAUGCCCUCUGUGAAAUUCCACCUUCAGUUCUUGAUUCUACAAAAUCGAUCUAUCCUCUCUAAGAUUCCUCAAACAGCAACUACCCGCUCUACCGGAGUGCAGAUCGGUUAUUCAUCAAUCUCGGUCCACCGUAACUGAUCAUCGACUGAUUAUUGAAAGAACAAGGCGAGAAAUUAACAGUGUUAAUUGGAGAUUGAGGCCAUUGACUUGGCGGCCAUCAUUUGGGCGAGCUGGGACUGUGUCACUUCAUGUUAUCGUUGAAAGGAAGCUUCAAUGGCGUGCCAGUGUGUAUAAUUGAAGAUUGCAAGCUGUGCCUGUCUCAUGGGAUUAGUUCUCAGCAGGCAUGUUUACAUGGUUUAAGAGUGUACCCAGAAAUGCUUUUGAUAAAGAGAAAAUUAUGCAAAGAAUAAAAGCAUGGAUUCGAAGGGAGCUUCAGGCUAUCCUUGGGGAUCCAUCAAUCAUUCUCCCUGAUGUGUCCCCAUUUCUUUUUUUUCUGGACAUGAAAGUUUGAUGGCUCUACUUCCACCUCUUCAAGACAGCUUGGUAUUGACGAUAACUUUCUUACUCCUUUGGAACCUUUAUUGCACGACCGAUCCGACAUGUUUUGGCAUGAACUGAGCAGAGCAUUGAACCUUACCAAACAUAAAAUACCAGCCAGUUUGCUUUCUGAAUACUUGUCAGCACUGAAAGUACUAUCAGCAAUGCUUAAUUGUCGAUGUCAAUAAAGAAGUUCAGUCAUAAGGACCAAUUGAUCUCCGAUUUCUGCGGCAGAUUCAAUGGUAAGUAAGGAAGAUGUCCAUAAUUGUGAUUAUAAUCAAUGGAGCUGCAGGGUCGCUUGUAUUUGUGGCUGUAAUCAUAGGAUUCAUAGGGUUUUACAAAUCAUGUAAGAACUUCCCUAUAAGAAAUUCGGAGGCAGACUCCUCGGAUCCUUCUUCAGUAAGUUGAGUGGAAUAAAGGGGCUGGACCUCAAGGAGCAAGGCAGUUCAGGCUGGAAGAGUUGGAACAAGCUACCAAGCAAUUUGCCGAUAGUAAUCUCAUCGGAUUUGGAAGCUUCGGUCCGGUCUAUAAAGGUCGGAUUCAUGACAAUGUUGUGGCUAUCAAAAUACAUCAAGGUGGUCCAAGAGAGGAGUACAAUGCUGGGGUAAUCUAUCUGUCAGAGAUUCGACAUCAAAAUUUGGUUACUCUUCCAGGGUACUGUCAAGAAAGAGGAUCUCAAAUGUUGGUUUAUGAAUGUAUACCUAAUGGAAGUAUGUGCAAUCAUCUGUACGGUAUUACUCAUUAACAACAUAGUUUUUCGUGAUCAUCAAU